UCACUACGCAUACAUUGCAGCAAAAUUUAGUGAACUUCUGCUGUGACUUGUAGUGAAUUGGAAAAUAAUUAUCGUCGAAAGAAAAGUGUAAAAUUUGUUCAGUAAUUUGUGUGUGGGUGCAAGACGGAACCAUAACGCGGAUAAGGAAAAAGCAUCGUAAAAAAUGGCGUUGAAAGUGCUGGUUGGGCAAAAGAUUAUGAAUGAGGUGGUGAAGUAUAAGCCUCCACCACCAAAGAAGGCUGGAGCUGUAGCUGCUGCAAAAGCCCCAGGUGGCAUGGAAUGGCGUGUGUUGGUGGUCGAUAAGUUGGGUAUGCGUAUGGUGUCUGCAUGCACCAAAAUGCAUGAAAUAAGCGCCGAGGGUAUCACCUUGGUGGAGGAUAUCAACAAAAAGCGUGAACCGCUUCCAACUAUGGAUGCCAUCUACUUGAUUACGCCGUCGGAUGAGUCGGUGCGCGCAUUAAUACGCGAUUUCGAAAAUCCGGCUAGGCCAAUGUAUCGUUAUGCGCACGUCUUCUUCACUGAGGCAAUACCUGAAGACAUAUUCCAUAUGUUGCAAAUACGCAGCGACAUAACGCGCAAAUAUAUACGCACAUGCAAAGAAAUAAAUAUUGCAUUUUUAGCCUAUGAAGACAAGGUCUACUCGCUCGAUUCGCCAGACACCUUUCAGUGUCUGUAUUCGCCAGCGUUUGCUUCGAUACGCGCCAAGCACAUCGAUCGCAUCGCCGAGCAAAUCGCGACUUUGUGUGCCACACUCGGCGAGUAUCCGAUGGUGCGAUAUCGCACUGACUGGGAUCGCAACAUAGAUUUGGCUGCUGCGGUGCAGCAGAAGUUGGACGCCUAUAAGGCGGAUGAGCCCACAAUGGGUGAGGGUCCGGAGAAGUCACGUUCGCAAUUGCUCAUAUUGGAUCGUGGUUUCGAUUGUGUCUCGCCAUUAUUGCACGAAUUAACGCUGCAAGCCAUGGCCUACGAUCUGUUGCCGAUCGUCAACGAUGUCUACCGUUAUACACCCGGCCCGAAUCAACCCGAAAAGGAAGUGUUGCUCGAUGAGAACGACGAUUUGUGGGUGGAAUUGCGGCAUGAGCAUAUCGCUGUGGUGUCCACGCAGGUGACACAGAACCUGAAGAAGUUCACCGAAUCGAAGCGCAUGACAUCGACCGAUAAAGCUUCCAUGCGCGAUUUGUCGCAAAUGAUCAAGAAAAUGCCUCAGUAUCAGAAGGAGUUGUCCAAGUAUUCAACACACUUGCACUUGGCUGAGGAUUGCAUGAAGACUUAUCAGAGCUACGCCGAUAAGUUGUGUCGCGUAGAACAGGAUCUAGCUAUGGGCACCGAUGCCGAGGGUGAAAAGAUCAAAGAUCAUAUGCGCAAUAUUGUGCCCAUUCUUCUCAAUGCGGAUGUCUCCAACUUCGAUAAAGUACGCAUAAUCGCGCUCUAUGUUAUGAUCAAGAACGGCAUAUCUGAGGAAAAUCUAACCAAACUCUUCACGCACGCCUCACUCUCGCCGAAAGAUCAAGAUAUGGUGCGCAAUUUGAGCUUCUUGGGCGUGAAUGUGAUUGCCGAUUCACGCAAGAAAGUCUACAACGUGCCACGCAAAGAGCGUAUCACCGAACACACUUAUCAAAUGUCCCGUUGGACACCAGUCGUGAAGGAUAUUAUGGAGGAUUGCAUUGAGGAUAAGUUGGAUCAGCGUCAUUUCGCUUUUCUGGCUGGACGUGCACAGAAUACCAAUUAUCAUGCGCCAACUAGCGCACGCUAUGGCCACUGGCAUAAAGACAAGGCACAGGCGCAGGUGAAGAAUGUACCGCGCCUCAUUGUAUUCAUUGUGGGCGGCGUUAGUAUGUCCGAGAUGCGUUGCGCUUAUGAAGUCACCAAUGCCGUUAAGAAUUGGGAAGUGCUUGUCGGUUCGUCGCAUAUACUAACGCCGGAAGGUUUCCUUAGCGACUUGGGCAGUCUCUCCAAAGAGGAUUAAGCAGCUACAGCGCAGGCUCGAUAUACAAUUAACUAAAAAUUUAUUAAUUUAAAGGUAAAGUUUAAUACUUAAUUUAAAAGCAAAAACAACUAACACAUUUAUGUAGUUUAAAUAUGUAUCCUACUAAUAAUUGAAAUCAGGUAUUGAAAGGAAGCGUACUUCAAUGUACAAGGUUAUGUUUGUAGUUAUUAGUUUAACAAAUUUAACAAGCGUUGUUGGUAUUUUUGUGUAGUAUUUGCUUUGUGAAAUGUAAAAGAAAUUUAUUUAAAGGUAAUACAAUAUUAUUGAAAAUAUGUUAUUAUUACAACUUAUUGUAUUUCUAAUGUGUAAUUGUUAGCAAUAUUUCGUUUUGUUUUUAGGUUAACUGUACACGAAAGUGUUUACAAAUGUAUUAAUAACUGUAUUGAUGACACUAUAACAAUUUGUAAACACCAUUACAUGUUGUAUACACGUUACAACUUUUGGUUAAAAAAAGAGUUAGACACACACAUAUACAUUCUUGUGUGUGCUAUGUUGUAUAUCAUAUACAUAAAUAUAUAAUGAAGUGCUAAAAACAACAACAUGCGCAAGCAAGUCAAUAAAUUGCAAAAUAUUCACGUUGUUUAUUACAUUGUAUUUAUGUCGCAUAUUUAAAUGGAAAAAUAUAAAUAUUUUAUGCAACUAUAAUUCCUUAUACAUAUAUAUCUUUAAAAAAUACUUUAUUAACUACUAUUACUUGCAAUAUUUUGAACAAUUUAUGCGCUUUUCUUAGUAUAUACUAUAUUCAAGAGCAAAAAAAUAUUAAAUACAUAAUAAAUGCAAAAGAAAAAUUUGCGAAAAUAACUAAACACCGAUUUUUAAUUUGAAAUUUGAAUUAGUAAUAAAAUAACAAUAAAAAGAAGAAAGAAUUAAAUAAAGUACUAGAAAAAAAUUAAGUACAAGAUCUAUAUAUUAAUAAUGAAAAAUAUUAAAAAAUUUAGUAAAAAAUCGAAAUUAAUGAUAAAGAAAUAAAAACAAAAAUAAAGUAAAAAAUUGUAGCAUGCGCACAAUGUAGUUCAUUUGAGCAGAAGUUGUCGGCAAAAAUGUGCUGUUAAACGAAAUUAUAUAAACAAAAAAUUUCAAAUAUAUAAAAUUUAACAUUAAAGCACUUGCAAAGUAACUGUAUGCAUAUUUAGUAUAAAUAACAUUUGAUGUAGCAGCCAACAGUCACAAACAACAUUUGAAAACACUUAUUUAACAUAAACAAAUUAUAUAUUAAAUUAUAUAUGUAUUAAAAAACGGUUUGUUUUCAACCUUAUCCAUAAAACGCAAGACAAGACGACUACGAGCAAAAAUUAAUACAAAUUCGAUUUUGAAAAAAUAAACAAAAAACGUUUGCAUACAAUUUAUUAAACUACAAUAUUAGCAAAAAUAUAUAUGCAUUGUUAAACGGACCACACGUGGUCGUUAACGUAACCAUUUAUAUGCGUAGUAGUAACAGUAGGAAUUAUUAUGCUUACGAUGCUUCAAUGAAAUUUGCAAAAUGCCUGCAGUGAAAAGUUUUGCGCAGACCAACUACAGUUAAACUUAUGCUAUUUAACUAAAACACACUUUCAAUUAUUAACAAAUUUUACAGCAACAAAAAAUAUAUAAUAUUUCAAAUAUUUUUCAAUAGUUAAAAAAGGAAAUUUACGAGUGCUAAAUACUUGAAAGCGUUGAAAAUUUAAAGAACUACACUUAUUUUGAUGUAAAAAGUGCUAAAAGCGUUAGGCAUUUGUCAGCAAAGCGGCAAAAAACUUAUAAAAAAAAGGAGUUUACGUGUUAAACAAAAAAAAAAAUGAGGUUAUGAGCAAAAGAAAUACUGUAUGAGCUUUAAAAUAUAAAUUUUUACAUUGACAACGUGCUUCAUUCUCAAUUCAUUGAGCGCCGAUAAUGUGCUUAGUGCUGCAGAAGCCCUUGCUAAUACAGUUUUUUUGUGCCGUUGGUUAUAAAUUUAUAUUAUGCCUGUGUCUACACAAAAAUGCGAUUAUUUGUGUUAGUAAAAAUAAUUUUUCAAAAUUUCGUAUAAAAUGUUAGAAAUUCAAUUGAAAUUAACUUUCUAAUAAUUUUUUUAAAUUUUCAACUAAAUUUAUAAAGUGUUAACUUUUCAAAUUUUCAAAUAAAAUAACUAAUUUAAAUUUUCAUUUGAAGUUCAAAUAAAAUGCUUAAAAUUCAAUUUAGAAUAACUUUCUAUUUAUAAAUGUGGAAAAAAAUGUUCAAAAUGUAAAUACAUAUAUUAGUGGAAAGUUAAUCUUCAUUUCUAGCAUUUUAUUUGAAAAUUUUAUUGAGAUUAAAUUCUGAUUCUGAGAUUAAAUUCUCAAACAAAUUUUCAAAUAAAAUGCUUGAAAUUAAGAUUAACUUUCCACUAAUAUUUUUGCAUGUUCAAUUAAAAUUUUUAUAUUUUUAAUUAAAAUUUUUACUUUUCCAUAAAAUUUAUAAAUGUUGAAAAUUCUAAUUUUUUUUAAAUAAAUUUUUUAAUUUUUCAAAAAAAAAACAUGCAGCUUUGCUGGCAGACGUUUAGCAGCUAUUUCCAACUAUGACACAAAUUCACAAAAACUAACCUAAAAUUUUAUUAUACAGUUAUUAGGUUUGUUAUGUAACUCUAUUUGCGUCUAAAACACUAUAAAGCAACUAUGCAUAUACAUAUGUAUGAAACACUGUGUAUAUGCGCGGCAAGCAUACAAACUCUAAUGACUAUUCAUCGCACCACAUAUAUACCUGUGUGAUACUUCCAAACAAAACAAAAACAAAAAUGUAAACAUACUCGUACACCUCUACAUACUUACUUUAAAUAAUUUAUAAUAAAAGUAGAUGAGCAGCGCGUGUAAGCGGGGUAGUUAAAAAAAAAUAAUAAUAAAUAAAUAAAAAGGAAUGCGUUUACAAAGUUGGCAAAGCAAAAACAAAAAAAAAAAUCCAUACGAAUGUUCGAAAUGCAAUACAGUAUUUUACAAUUUACAUAAAUAUAAAGUAACGAGCGUACAGCAUAAAAUAACGAGCAGCAAUUUCAAUUCUUUAUAUAUACAUACUUAUAUACAUAUACAUAUAAAUAUAAAUAUAGUUAAAUUCAAUAAAUUUAGCUAAUAAGUAUGGAAAUUAUAAAAUAUACGCUAAAAAGUAUAAUAAUAAAUAAAUAACAAAAAUGUGGCAAACACCUACACCGAACACGCGCUACACCCGGUCCAAGCAACAACAACAGCUGAUAGCAGGCGCACGCACCCACGCGCGUUGCUGGCUAUUGGUGUAUUUGCGGCCACUCAAGCGACCAACCAACAACAACAACCGGCAAAUGAUGCUGCAAUUUGUCGCAUUGGCAAAAACAACAACGAUUGCAAUGCAUAAAUUGAGGAUCACAGGACAAAUUGCAGCGUCAGCAACUAAAUUGACAGCCUGCAGUGACGUGUGCGCACGUGCGCAGGUGCUUUGCUGCUGUUUUGCGCGACGAAGAGUGUCGAGCGCGGGUGUAGCUGUGUUUGCCACGCAUAUUUCAUGUAUUUCAGUAGUGAAGAAACUUAAAAUAUUAAUUGUUUAUUGCUUGUUAUAAAGAAAAUAUAUAAUAGACAAAAUAAGUUAUCGCUAUUAAGUGUACUAAAAUCAAAACUUAACGAAAGGUGUCGAAUUAUGUACGCAAGUAUGUAUUUAGGCUAUUUACAUAUGAAAAAAAUUUAAAUUCAAAUGACAAAAUUAUAUGAUAAAAAUAAAAUUACUAAAUUAUAUAUUUAAAAAAGUAAGUUUAAUAUACAUACUGGCGUAUUUAUAUACAUACAUUGGUAUAUGUGUGCGUAUACGUCAAAAUUAAUAAUUAAAAAUUAGUAAUUAAUUAAAAAAUCCAUUUACACAUAUGCAUAGAUGUAUGUAAGCACAGGCAACAUUAAGUACCAAAAACAACACAUAUAAAUUAAUAUUGCAAACAAUUAUUAACAGCAUACAUAUGUAAACCGUAUUAAUAAUUAUACAACACAUAUGUACAUUUAACUAAUAAUUGCAACAAAAAACAAUAUAGCUAAUAACGAACGCAUGACAAUUUGCAAUAACAGCGCUGAACCAGAGGCAGCACGCGCCGGCUAACGGAAAUAUGAGAGCAGCCCACGCAACAAUUGAAAUGCGCAUAACGGUAAACUGCAACUGCAGGUAAUUUGAUUGAUAAAACGGACAAGCUGCAGCGCGUGCGCGUAUAUCAAACGAAUUCGUAAUCAUUGUAACACCAAAAACAAACAAAAGUCAAAACAAUCGCUUAAAUAUUGAGGAAAACGCCUUGAGUAUAUGUAUACCAUACACAGAGUAUAUAUGUAUAUUUCAACAAACGAGCAAUAAUAUUAGAAAAACAUAUAUAUGCAAUUUUCAAUAUAAAAAAGCAAACAGUGACAACAACAACCACAAAAAACAACGUUCAACAAACUCGUAAAUAAUUCUGUCAAUUUUUUUCUAAUUACGGCAGCGCUGCUUACAGUGUGUGCCAAUUUUUAUAGCGUAAGCAAAUUUUAUAUAUUUAUGUAUGCACGCCCAACGCACGUGUGGGGUUUUAAGCAGUCAGCAUAGCAAUUAAAAUAGAAACCAAAAUAAAAAAUAAAAUUAUGUUUAAAAGAAAUUGUAAUUAAAAAAAUACGAAAAUGUAGUGAGCGGCUGAAAAUUGGACAGAAAAGGCAAAUUUUGCAAAAAUAAUGGUUAACAAGAGAAGAAAUGCGUAUAGAUGCAAAAAGUAAACAGAAUAUGUAAAAUGUAGCGUGAAAAAUUGUAAGUAAACAAGAUUUUGCAAAUUUCAUUGAAGUCAAAUUCGUAAAGGUGCAAAAUAAAUGCAUUAUAGCAUAAUAUUAGAUUUUGAAAAUUUAUAAUAAUUAAUAAAAAGUUUGGAUUAAUUCAAAUAAUUAAAAAAAUAUAAUAUUAACAAUUUUUUAAAUAUUUAAAAAAAUUCACGCAAUUAAAAAAAGUUAUAUAAUUAAAAAAAUUAUGAUAAUUAAAAAAAAUAUGAUAAUUAAAAAAUUUAAAAUUAAAUUGCAAAAUGUAUAACUAUUAAAAAAAUAUACAUAUAUAAUAAUGAAAAAUUGAAAUGUGCAAGACAACGCUAAUUUUAUCGAUAUUAGAAAAUAAUAUGAGCAUGUUAACUCCAAAUUUAUCGAUAUUAAAAAAUAAUAUAAGAAAGGUAACUCUAGAAUUGUUUACAUAUAAUAAAAAAAUUAUAUUUGCAACCACACCAGUAAUGCUUGACAUUUACAAAAAAUUGUGGCACGCGAAAGUCAGACGUAUUUAAAAAGUGGCAAAAAGAGAGUUACGCACAUUAUAACUCCAAAUAUAAUUGAAAUGUUUGCCUAAAUAUGUAUAGCACUAUAUGAAACAUUUCUUAAAUACCAACUAGCAAAAAUGUAUUACUUUAGUGACAAGUAAAAAUCUUUAAAGUGGGAAUAUUUCGGAACAGUAACAUAGUUGACGAACAAACACUAAUAUUUAUUAUAAAAUCUACAAUUUAUUAAAAAAAUAUAAUUUAUUAAAAAAAAUAUAAUUUAUUAAAAAAGAACGACAACUUAUUAAAGAAAUCUACAAUUUAUUAAGAAAAAUCUACAAUUUUUUGAAAAAAUCAUUAAUUUAUUUUAAAGAACUUCAACUUGUUUGAAAAAAUCUACAAUUUAUUGCAAAAAACUAUAUUUUAUUUGAAAAUAUAUUAAAUUUUACUUAAAAAAUCUACAAUUUAUUAAAAAAAAUAGCCUUGUUUAUAUUGUACACUUUGUGCAAAAUAUACUAGCACUCAUGUAUUUAUUACAAUUUAUAUAAUAUACGAAAAAGUUGUAAAAUGUAUUUAAAAAAAGUUAUGAAAAUUAUAAAAAGUUAUGAAAUAUAUAGUAUUCAAAUUAGUAAAAUAUAUAUACAAACAUAUAAAAUAUAAAUAUAUCUACUUAAAACAUAUAUACUUAAAAUUACCGUUAAAUUAGUGAUACAUGCGAUUUAAUUUAACUUAUACAUAAAUUUUAACUCAGUCAACUAAUAACUAGUGCAACUUCUAAUGAUAAAUGUUUUUGUGGUAUGUCAUGGAAUUUAAUUAAACAAAUUCAACAACUAAAUAAAUAUAAAAUGUUAUAAAACACAAUGGUUAGAUGAAGUAGCAUUAGUAUUUUUUGAAUUAUUUAAAUACACACACACAAAUGUUAUAAAGAAGUUUUACGAAAUAUGCAUACACAAAUACAUCUAACAAUACUCAUACACACUAAAGUAUAUACAAAAAAAGAUAUAUUCCAAAGAAAUGUUUAAAUUAUAAAUUAUAUGAAACACAUGCGUAAAUAUGUUAUUGAAACUUUAUGAAUUGAUUGCUAAUACAAAAUACAAACAGUAACUAUUUAGACACACUCUAUAUGUAUAUUAUAUAAUUAAAAAUAUUACUAAAUUUCCAAUAUUUAUAUACAUAUAAAUUAUUAUUGUAUUUAAGUUUGCAGCACGCUAGUUACUUCUGCUGAAUGAAGCAAGCUCUAAUAAGCUCCUAAUUGUUAUGCGACAUGAAUUCAAUUACUUUCAAAACAUAUUUAAUAAACAAAUAUUUAACAAACCGACAUAUAUUGUACAAUAUUAUACGAACAAACUUGAAAAAAACCCUGCAAAAGCAGAAAAUUAAAUAUAUAUUAUUAUUAUUAUUAU